AUGAUAUCAGUUUGCAGGGUCCUCACCGCCAGAGGCACGCCGAGGAUCGGCGCGGCCUUCAUUCGGACUGCCUUUAACGGCUGGUGCACUGCUCGCCGCUUCCAGGGGCGCGCCGGCUGUCUUCUGGGGUGCGGGCGUGGGAACGACAGCAUCGAGCACUACAGCGAUUGCGCGACGUACCACAGCUUCUGCCGCCAGCACGCGGGGCUGGCGGCCCCAGCCGCGGAGGACAGGUUGGCUUGCUUCCUGAACUUGGGGCAUUCGACUCUGAUUCGGCGUGACGCUGGUUGCUCCAGAGAGCGCGCAACGAUGCUGCGCGCUCUCACCGUGUAUGCCGCUUAUCGUGUACAGGCGUCAGUUCGGUCAGGGUCAUUGCAAGUCGCCGAGGCCGCGGGCGCUCUGCCGGCCAUGCUGCGGGAGGGUGCCCGCGGGCACCCUGCCCUGGAGUCACUGCUGCGCGUGGCGCGGCGCCGGCAGCGCGAGCAGUAG